AUGGACCGCGAUCUCAUAACAACGGGAAGUCCGGAUAUGCACAAAGGGUACUACACUAUUGACGUACCAGGUGCUACACCACGCAAGCUCAGCCAUGAGGAAGCCGGCGCAAUGCAAGCGAAAGCCUGGGACAUGUUCGUCAACGUCGAUGGCCAAUUUGGCCGCACCAUCUGCCCUCUCCCCCACGCCCAACUUGAUAACCCCAUUGUCGAUCGAUCAACCGUUGAGAAGUGGGACCGACUAUCCUGCCAUGACCGCUUCGAAGAGAUUAAGCAUAAACUCACAGCUGAGGAACAAGGUCUCUUGGUAUCGCUACUACUUCACAUUUCAGGAGGACGAAUGAAGGAGUCAAGUCUCUGGGAUAUGAUUCGCUCACAUGCCUUGUUAAUGUAUAGUUCUGAUAACUUUGCUGAUGUUUGGCUGAGAUAUAAGUUGAGAGAUGGCCAGACUGCACUUGCAAAGCGCAUGUUUGAGGAGGCUAGUGGUGAUGGGCUGGAGUAUGCUUUCUCCACGCAAGUCAAGUCAAUCGCACAGGACUCAUCUGGUGACGGUCCGGUAACCGUGACGAGCAGUAGCGGCGAUGCAUUCCGGGCGAAGAAGAUUAUCAACACGAUUCCUCUCAAUGUCUUGAAGGAUAUCGAGUUCUCUCCACCGCUUUCACAACGACGACAAGCGGCUAUUAACAUCGGCCAUGUCAACCAGAUGACUAAGGUUCAUGCUGAUGUUAGCAACAAGGAACUCGAGAGAUGGAACGGCAUGAAGUUCCCUGGCCUCCUGAUGUAUGGCUACGGUGAUGGAGUGCUGCCUAAUGGUGAUGUCCACGUCGUUGCUUUCGGUGCAGAUGAACGGGAUACCUUCAUUCCUGAAAACAAUGCGGCGCAGACCAUUGAAGCGCUCAACAAGAUCCAUCCCAUGGAUGUCAAAAGACUAAUGCUGCAUAAUUGGGCAACGGAUCCGUUCUCGAAAGGAGGCCCUGCCUGGUGGCAGCCAGGUUACAUGUCCAAAUACCAGGACGAACUACAGAGUCGACACGGUAAUGUCUUUUUUGCUUCGGCUGACUGGGCUCAUGGAUGGAGAGCUGCUAUUGAUGGUGCUUUGGAGCAAGGUUGUCUUAAUGCGCUGGUCGCUCAUCGCGAGGUCAUUGCUUCAAAGAAAAAGGCUGUUGGUAGUAGACUUUGA